AUGGGUUGCGGGGCGUCCAAAAAUGCAGAAUCGGGAUCGGAUGGCGUGUCCCCCAAGGAGCCGGGGAAGAAGAAGGGGAAAGAUUCCAAGCUGGAGAACGCUGACGGCGUUGGGUACGGCGUGGAUACCGCCUCCGCCGCGACGGUCGCCGCGGGCACCGCCGCUCUCGUCGCGGGCGCGGUCAGCUCGGACGCCAGGGGUGGCAUGGGUUCAGCCGCUUCCGCAGCGGGUUCGGCAUUGUUGGCCUUCGCGAAAGAGCUUCCCUGGGUCGCUCCCAUAGCCGUCCUCAUCGCCGGCGUCGCGACCGCCGCGGCCAACGUGCACGCGCUCAAGCGCGACGCGCAGGUGUUCGCCACGAACGUCAAGUCCGUCGAGACCGUCAUGAUGGAGACUGGGAAGAAAGGAUUGCUCGCGAAGGUUGAGGACACCGCGCAGGCGCUGGCGUACGAGAUGGAGGAGGGCGUCGCGUUCCUGAACAAGCUCAAGAACCAGUACUUUAUCACUCAGAUGCUCAUGUCCGGCCGCGACUCCCAGAAGUUUAAGGAUAUCAGCGACAGUAUGCACAGGCAGGUGACCAUAAUCGCCGCCGCGGCGUCCAUCGAGGUGCACGACAUCAUCGUCGAGGAGUUUGAGCAGGGUAGGCAGCUCAAGGAGAAGAUCGAGGAGCUCGGCGGCGCGGACGCGAUCAUGGCGGACCCGGAGAAGAAGGCGAUGGUAAAGGAGUUCAUGAGCGCGAGCGAUCAGCUCAUCGUGAGCGCCGUGGACGACGUGACCAAGGCGGUGAAGCUGGCUGAGGCGCGAUCGCAGAAACGAAUAGAUGCUCUGAUUGAGGAGAACAAGAAGAGCCGCGAGGAGGCGAAGCUUCAGGCGGAUAUACUGCAGCAGCAGGUGAGCAAACUGACGGAUAUGAUGGAGGUGCUUCUCAAGACACGGACGGAGGCGGCGUUGGGUGCGCCCGGGACGGUGGACGUGUCGCAAGUCAAUGUGGAGCAGAAGAGUGAUCCGAAGGUUGAGCAGGCCAUCGACGACAACUUCAACAAGGAGAACGUCCACGACAUCAUGCGAAGGAUGCCCAUGCCGGCAAACGAGGACGAGCGCCUCGAGGUUGUCAAGAAGAUGGGUUACGAUCGGGCGAAUAUCGAUGAUUUGAUCGGCGACGCUGAUUUCAUGGCUCUCACCAAGGAGGCGAUGGAGGAGUUCAAAGUCACCGACACCUGCAUCAGCUCCAUCGAUGGCGACCGCGAGACUCUUCUCGCGGCGCCAGGGUUGGCACCGUCGGGAGAAAUGGCGGAUAUCAGCGGCUUCUGGAUGCCAAGGGAGGCUACUUUUUGCCAGCACGUCAUCAUGAAGGGCGACGUGAUAUCUUCCUCGGGGCAGAUGGGAGCCGAUACCAUGCCGGAGUGUCCGCGUUUCAACGACGCAGAGUUGGGGGCACUCGCGACGUCGGGAGCCUCCCCAGAACUCGGCAAUUUCUUCGGCUGCAUGAUGGCCGGAAUGGAGAACCCCGACGCGAAGGACUCCGACGUCAUCGACCUGCCACAGGGUGGUGGCAAGAUGAAUUACGGCGCGGCGCGGCUGUUUGGCCAAGUCAUGGGCAACCAGGGUGACAUGCACUACACCGGCGCGCCGAUCAUGGUGAGAGGUCAGGCCGUGGGCACGUUCUGCGCUAACGACCGAAAUUCGCAUCGCCCGGAUAUCGAUACGGAACGGCUCAAGGUGUACGCCGCCCGUGCGGCGAAGCUCAUCGAGGAGAAGGCUGCCAAGCGCGGCUUUGGGAAGGAGGUGAACUAG